AGAGUCCCGAGGGAGGGGGCGACGGCCCCGAUGAGGCGCAGCGGCCGCGCCCCAGCAGCAUGACCUUCCUGCCCACCGCCCGGCCGCCGCUCCCCGCCGACAGCCCUGGCUUCCUCCGGGGGGGCUCCCUGUGGGGCAGCCGCCGCUGGAACCUCUUCGGGGGCAGCGGCUGGAGCGGCUCCAGCCCCAGGAAGAACUUCAGCUCCCUGCGGAAAAGCUUCAGUUUCCGCCUGCGCCGGGGCCACGAGCUGCGGCGGUCGGAGUCUGGGGGGCUCCUGCGCCCCACGCGCCUCCGCACCAAGAGCGAGGGCGAUGCCAGCUCCCUGCACACCUGCCCCAGCAAGCGGGACUUGCUGUACCCAGAGCUGACCAGGGUCGGGGGCCGGCUGCACACCGACCCCGUGCAGACAGGGGGACUCUGGAAACUCCUCACGAGUCGCUUCCGAAGGCGAGAGCGUGGCAGCACUGGCAGCGUGUGCCCCAAAGACCCCCAUGGCAGUGUUGAGCCUGUCCUCCUGGGUGGGGGUCCUCUGCGGGCUCUGGAUUCAUUUGUGAACAGCCAGGAAUGGACCCUGAGUCGCUCGGUACCUGAGCUGAAGGUGGGCAUCGUGGGGAACCUGUCCAGUGGCAAGUCUGCCCUGGUGCACCGCUACCUGACCGGCACCUACGUGCAGGAGGAGUCUCCAGAGGGUGGCCGCUUUAAGAAGGAGAUCGUGGUGGAUGGUCAGAGCUACUUGCUGCUGAUUCGAGAUGAAGGGGGCCCCCCUGAGCUCCAGUUUGCUGCCUGGGUGGAUGCAGUGGUGUUUGUCUUCAGCCUGGAGGAUGAGAUCAGCUUCCAGACCGUCUACAACUACUACCUGCGGCUCUGCAGCUACCGGAACACAGCGGAGGUGCCGAUGGUGCUGGUGGGCACACAGGAUGCCAUCAGUGCCAGCAACCCCCGCGUCAUCGACGACUCCCGGGCACGGAAGCUCUCCAAUGAUUUGAAGCGCUGCACUUACUACGAGACCUGUGCUACCUACGGCCUGAACGUGGAGAGGGUCUUCCAGGACGUGGCUCAGAAGGUGGUGGCUCUCCGGAAGAAGCACCAGCUGUCCAUCGGCCCCUGCAAGUCCCUGCCCAACUCACCCAGCCACUCAUCUGUUUCUGCAGCCUCCAUUCCUUCUGUCCACAUCAACCAGGCCACCAACGGUGGAGGAGCCUUCAGUGACUACUCCUCCUCUGUGCCCUCCACCCCAAGCAUCAGCCAGCGGGAGCUGCGGAUUGAGACCAUCGCUGCCUCCAACACCCCCACCCCCAUCCGCAAGCAGUCCAAGCGGCGCUCCAACAUCUUCACGUCUCGGAAGGGCGCGGACCCGGAGCGCGACAAGAAGGUGCCGGAGUGUAAAGCGGACAGUAUUGGCAGCGGGCGGGCCAUUCCCAUGAAGCAGGGCAUUCUCCUCAAACGCAGUGGCAAGUCCCUCAACAAGGAGUGGAAGAAGAAGUAUGUGACACUGUGUGACAAUGGGGUCCUCACCUACCACCCCAGCCUGCACGAUUACAUGCAGAACGUCCAUGGGAAGGAGAUUGAUCUGCUGAGAACCACGGUGAAGGUGCCGGGCAAGCGGCUCCCCAGGGCCACAGCAGCAGCAGCAGCAGCAGCAGCAGCGCCCAGCGCCAGCCCCAAAGCCAACGGGCUGGCCAAGGAGCGGAGCAGCUCGCAGCUGGCAGGAGGAACAGGUGCUCCCCACUCGACCAGCAGCACCUCCCUGCACUCCGAGCGCUCCAUCAGUGGCAUCAACCUUGUGGGCUUCAGCUCCAAGCCAGACGGGAUGCACCAGCGCUCCUACUCUGUCUCCAGUGCAGACCAGUGGAACGAGGCUGUGGCCAUCCCUGGCAGCUGCCCCAACCCCGCUAACGGUACUGCCGACUCACUCAGCUCCAGCCCAAACAUUUCCAGUGCCGCCAGCCCAAAGCUGGAACCGCCUCCGUCACCACAUGCCAACAGGAAAAAGCAUCGCAGGAAAAAGAGCACAGGGACAACUCGGCUUGAUGGCCCCAGCACGGCAGCAGAAGAACCAGACGAGCCAUUUGAGUUCAUUAUCGUGUCACUGACGGGCCAGACAUGGCUCUUUGAAGCCUCAACAUCAGAGGAGCGGGAGCUCUGGGUGCAGGCCAUUGAGAGCCAGAUCCUGGCCAGCCUGCAGGGAUGUGAGAGCAGCAAAAACAAGGCUCGGCUGGGCAGCCAGGGCGACGCACAGGCCAUGCAGGCCGUCCGUACCGCACGUGGGAACAGCUUCUGCGUGGACUGCGAUGCACCGAAUCCGGACUGGGCCAGUCUGAACCUGGGUGCUCUCAUGUGCAUCGAGUGCUCUGGGAUCCAUCGCAACCUGGGCACCCACCUGUCCCGUGUGCGCUCCCUGGACCUGGAUGACUGGCCUAGCGAGCUUCUUAUGGUCAUGACUGCCAUCGGCAACGCACUUGCAAACGCUGUCUGGGAGGGAAUGGUGGAGGGGUACCCCAAGCCCACGCCUGAGAGCAGUCGGGAGGAGAAGGAGCACUGGAUCCGGGCUAAGUACGAGCAGAAGCUCUUUCUGGCCCCACUGCCCCAGUCUGACAUCCCCCUGGGGCAGCAGCUGCUGCGGGCCGUGGUGGAGGAUGACCUGCGCCUUGUGGUGACGCUCCUGGCCCAUGGCACCAAGGAGGAAGUGAACGAGACCUACGGAGAUGGAGACGGGCGCACAGCGCUGCAUCUCUCUUGCGCAAUGGCCAACGUGGUCUUCACACUGCUGCUCAUCUGGUACGGAGUGGAUGUGAAGAGCCGGGAUGCUCGGGGCCUGACCCCACUGGCCUAUGCCCGGCGAGCCGGCAGCCAGGAGUGCAUCGACAUCUUGCUGCAGCACGGCUGCCCCAGCGACAGCAGCGCCACGCUGACCCCCAGCCUGCCCCGCCGCAACGCCAAUGCCAACAACAACGCCUGCACCGCGGCGCCUCUUGAGUUCAGCACCAGCCCCAGCACAGUCUAGCCCUGCACGGGCCCUCUGGUCGCCACAGCUGCCCUCUAGCCCUGCCGGGGAGCAGGGCCGCAGGAGUGGCUCUGAGAGCAGCACAGAUGGGCCCCCGUGGUGUUUGCCUGCACCAGAACCCCCGUUCCAUCCAGGAGGAGGCUGGGAGCAGCAUCCUGCUCCUCUGCGCUGGUUCCAGCCACCUCUCGCAGACCCAAUGCUGGCAGCCUGUGGAGGAGCUCCUGCAUAAUCACUGGGGUGGCUCCAGUGCACCCCAUUCUCGUGACCGGUACAUGGAUGGGGAGGCAGUUUCUCCUGCCACCCCCAUCUGCAGAUAAAGCAGGGGCUGGGGGCAGUACAGGUGUGUAGCCCUCCCCUGUGCAGCAGUACCAAGGAGGCUGACGGCCACACCUGCGCCCUCAGACAGGUCUGUUUGGGCACUUUCCUCCUGCUCUCCCUCCAUGCUGGCCUCUCCACACUCCCCAUUGCAGUGAUGAGGUGGGGGGCAGCAGGAGCUGUGUGUUUCUCCAUUGCACCCCCAUGCUCCUGUGCUUGGGGCCGGUGCAGGAGGAAUGCACCUGCCGAUAUUGCUCCCCAUGUGCUGAUGCAAGGAUGGCAUCUCCCCAGCGCAGCCCCUGGACAAAGGCCUCCCCAGCCUCCCUGGUGACCUGGAGGGGGAGGAGGAUGGUCACCCCGGGAUCCCCAGCUCUGUCUGUCUGUCUGUCUGUAGAGUCACUGUCCUUCCAGGUUAAAGCUCCAAGCCAUACACAGUGUCUCCAUCAGAGCCUCCCGCUGGCUCCCGCUGCUGCCCAGGUGGGGCUGGUCUCCAGCUGAGCAAGAGGAGGAGAGGAGCAUCUCCCUUUGCAUUAGGGUCAAGCCUCUAGCUGAAUGCUGGAACCUCAAGGCUUUGGACACUGCUAUGGAAUGUCUCUGUCACUUGUGUAUAAAAUGUACAUUGGAAAUAUUUAUAUGGACACUCUGUAUAUAUGGUUUCUUUUCCAUGAGUUGCCCUGUGUGUGUUAUCUGCAGCCAAGGAGAUAAAGGCCAAUAAAGCAACCCACCUCCUGCCA